AUGUUGCGGAUAAUAUGCAAAAGAUGUGGUUCAUUUCGUUUUCAAAUAUUCUUCAAGGGCAGCCAAAUCAUUUGUGAUUCACGUAGAUAUUUUUCGAAAUGGUUAAAAGAAUAUAAAGAAAGGUUUCUUGAGAGGCGCCAUAAUCCGUUCUGUGAAAAUUCUAUUCAACGAAUUUUGGAAAGAGACAAGUUAAACAAGGUUGAUUGGAAGCUUAUCUAUUAUGACGUUUCGAGUUCGCAUGUUAGCGAUCUUUUCGCCUUCUUUACUAGUUUCUUGCUUAUUUUUCUUGCUUAUUCGUCGUAUGAACAUUAUAAUUAUAUACGUGGUUUAAGUUUCCGGCACUCAAAUUUUCAACGUUUACUGGAUGACGCAGAGGAGCUCGGCGUUUUCAUCGUUCUCCCAUUAUCAAUUUUUGCUUUGAUCGUGCCAGUUAUGAUUCGAUCUCAAAACAGACGGAUUCUUCGUAUCUACCAGUAUAUUAAAAAUCCCGAACAGUUUACGAUAUAUUUCAAGCGAGGCGCAAUUAAAUUGCUCUGGGAACCAACCAAAGAUUUAACACAACAUGUUUCGAGCACAGGUAUUCUCAGGCACUUUGUCGGUAAUGUUUCUAUUAAUGGAAAAUAUUUUUUAUUGGAUCAUAAUUCUUUUCGAGCCAAUAAUUAUUAUUCGUAUAUGUUAGGUUAUACAAAAGUUCCACCGCCAUAA